GAACCAGAACGCUGGUUACCAUGGUAACACUACGCUAUGAUUUAUUGGGGAGCACGAAGUUUAGCAAGUCUUAACUAAUGAGCUACGAUUAUUAAUUAGUAGUUUGAACGUGUCAUGUUCAAGCAAACAGAGUUUCUGCAGAGGGGACCAAACGUGUUGUCAUCUAGCCAUCACCCCAGAGAGCAUCAGCAGCUUGAGAAGGCUCCUGCACACCUGAGGCCCCUCUGUCUCCAAGAGAAGGCAACAAGGUUGAGUGGCGCACACUGGUUUCACAGCACAUGGAGAUAACACGGCCUCUUCAUAAUUGUAACAGCAAAUCAGGGAUAUCUUCAGAAAAGUUGAACAAUGUUUCAUUGAUGAAAGAAACAAAUGAAUCAGAGACGCGUAGAGCAUCCUACAGGCAUUCACCGACGGCGUUCGACUCUGCCUGCUCCCCAAGACGCAGUGGCUCAGGAGACCGGGCUCUCGUGACAAACUAUAAAUCUGAGAUGAUAGUCGAUUUGGAGAAUACGGUGGACAGACUGAAAAACGCUCUGGUGUCACUGGGGGAGGACAACCUGAGCCUCAACAAGAAGAUAAGAGAAAACAAGGCGGAAGACUGCCCAUCUUUGGCCAAUCACAAUGUCUUAAGCUCAACAAGUGGCAACAAUUCACAGGAAAUGGCUGGUGAUCACAGUCCCACCUCCAAACUCAAUACUCACACUGUCACUUUCAAGAUUGCCAAAACAUACCCAGAAAGUCAGAGGCAAGAUGCACCAUCCAAGAUAGAGGAGACUAGGAUGAGAGCGAUGCUCAAAAUGGAGAGCCUAUCCUUGGAGGACAGGUGCGUUUACUUGGAGAAGGAGAAACAGGACUUGCGGAGGAAGCUGCGGAAGACGGAGGACUACUGCAAGGAGUGCGUCUGCGAGCUCAAGAGGAUCCUUCCAAAGUACGAGGACCUCAAAGCCUUGAAUAAAACCCUGGAUAAGUGCAACAAGCAGCAGGCCGCAGAGAACCGCAGACUUGUCAACGCUCUUGAGGCCGAGAGCCAGGCAAGAGAGAGAUCCAGGGAUCCCAGCCUGGCUCGGGAGCCCAAAGAAGGGGAUGGUGACAACCGGGUGUGGGUUCAACUGGAGAGGGCCAACGAUCGCUGCACCCAGCUCACCCAGGAGAAGGGGCAGUUGGAAGACCGAAUGGCCUCGCUGGCAAGGGAGGUCAGCCGGCUCACGAACGAGCUGGAUAUGAGCUGGGCCGAACUCCAUCGGCUAGGGGCCAGGUGUAGAAGCUCCCUUGAGGGGAGCACGACUAGGGACGGCAGCCCUCUGGCCUCGUCGGGCAACAAACACCUGGCCGAACGCAUCCUAGACAGUGUGGGGAAAGAGCGCAAUGCCCUGUCGGGCUCCGUGGCCCAUCUCAAAGAGGAGAACAAGACACUUCGAGAGAACCUCAAGCAGAGCGUCAAGAGGGGUGAGGAGGCAGAGGGCGGAGCCAAGCAGCUGAGGGAAUUGCAGGCCAUAUUAGAAAGCUGCCUGCUCACGGUGCAGCAGGAGAAAGACCUGCUAACGCUGGAGGUGCGGCAGCUCCACCAGGAGUACAUUGAUCUCAGCAGUAGCAUCUCGCUGCAGCUGAGAGAGAGGAGCCCCGUCACCACUGCCAGGAUAUUAGCAGGGUCACAAGAGGUGAUUGAUGAUGGAGCCAGGCAGCAAGAGAGUCCAAGGCAGCCUCUGAACAGUAGCCCUAUUACCAGAGAAAUGCUGGAUUGGCCUGUAGGCGGAGAGGCAAUUGACCAUAUAAGGAAGCGUUUCGAGGAGGAGGAGCAGAGAGCCCAGAGGUACAAAAACAUCAUCAAUCAGAAUGAAUGAGGCUGUAGCUGGAUCAGUCAGCCAGGCAGACUGGGUGUUGACCUCUACCUCCCGUACCACGACCUGUGUGACAGAGGAGUCCGGAGGAGUCAAACAUACUGUAGCUUACCGUAGAGCGCUCUGCACCACUUUACCAACAAUAUGCCCGUCACAGUCAUGUACCAUAUGCACUGUAUAGAUUUGAAUUCCCUGAUUAUAUUAUGCUUUUCAAAUGAUUUUGUCAGUGUUAUCAUUUCUGAUGUUAUUUACUUGAGAAUUGGAGCUACUGUAGAUAACUGGCAUAUCAAGGCUUGGGACGAUGCCAGUAUUACCAUACUCGUUAGUAAUGUUGCAAGGAAACAAAACAUGAAGUGGAUUUCACUUCUUUAGGAAAACCGCUUUGAUGUUGGAAACAAACAUUAUGUUGUCAUCCAGAGUCACAUGUAUUUAUUUUCCAAGCUAUAGCACAUAAACCUGUUAUAUAUAACAUUUUUUAAAGGACCAAAGAGUUUGGUCUGCUUCGUGUUUUCAUUUCUGUCAUGGGGAAAAAAUAUUGUGAUAGCGGUCAAAGGCACUGCAUCUCGGUGCAAGAGGCGUCACUACAGUCCCUGGUUCAAAUCCAGGCCGAAUCACAUCCGGCCGUGAUUGGGAGUCCCGUAGGGCGGUGCACAAUUGGCCCAGCGUCGUCUGGGUUUGACCGGGGUAGGCAGUCAUUGUAAAUAAGAAUUUGUUCUUAACUGACUUGCCGAGUUAAAUUUUAAAAAUCAUCCCGGCCCUAUUUGUCAUCACAUGCCCCAUGUAGUUUCAUUUGGAGAAGGUCUGGAUAUUUUUGGACAGUAGGGGGAGCUGUUGUAUCAUUCAUGAGACACCUCUCUAUUAGGAUCUAUUAGACCUCAACAGCCAAAAGGUUUAACCAAAAGGGGUCAUCACAGUUUAUGUUGGUAGUAUGUAGUCUGCUGUAUGCAUCAUUCAUUCUAACAUGUCUAAUCAACAUCCACUGGGCAUUACAAUCCAGUUGGUGAGGUGUUAUAUUUGAUUCCCUUGUUUAUAGGCAGGCCUAGUAUUAUAGUGUUUGCUAUUUUGCACCCAAAGACCCAAUAAGUCAGAUGGAAACCCACCAUUUUGAGUUAACACUUCAUUUGGAUAAUCCAUCUGUAGAUGCUCUAUAGACUAUCUACUAACCCUAACCGUAACCCUUACACUAACCGAAACAACCCUUACCGUGGCAAGCAGUUGCUUAUCAACAGAUAGUAUAACGAUCUGCAGAGAUUCUACAGAUGGACUAUCUGUAUUAUCCUAAUAAGGUGUGACCCCUUUUGACUCCUUAUGGCAGAUGAGCACAUUAGGAUUCUGUAUACCCCGCUAGCCAUGCUAAUCAUUGGAUGGCUUUUGUGGGACUAUAUGACUCACAUCUCAGCGUGUCUUGAGGCUUUCAUUCUUGUCCGUUACCCAUCUGUCUGGCAGUAAGAGUUGUUGUGUUGCAUUGUUGUCAUCAGGCCACUUAUGCUUAGCUACUCCUGCCAACUUUAGUCUAUUUAGUCAUUUCAGGAAGAAAGAACCCCAUUCUUUGACAGAAUCAAUACAUAUUUCUUUGUCUCCCCCCGAAAACAUGUUUUACUUUCUGACUUGUCCGAUACCCAUUUGUCUGGCAGAAAGAAAGAUGUAUUGCAUUGUCAUCAGGCCACUUAUCCUGAGCAACUUUAGUCUAUUGAGUAAUUUCACAAAGUAAAAACUCCAUCGUUUGACAGAAUCAAUACUUUUUUGUUAUGUGUCCCGGGAAACAUAUUUUUGACCUCAUGACAUUCUCUCACUGAUACCUCACUGAUGUAACUGCUGCAGUCAUUUCAUGCUACAGUCAGCAUGUGAGUCAUUAAAUAAUUCUUUAAUGUCUAUCUGUCGUAAGAAAAUAUUAUAUGGGCAUUUGAUAUUGAUUCUGUUUCACAAAUACUCAUACGAGCCUAUAACUCCCAUUCUGUCAAUGGAUUCAUAGACUUUGACUUCAAAAUGCUAGAUGGAUGGAAAGCCACUGCUUGCAUCCUAAUGUGAUUCCGUAGUGAACACAGACAGUAUCAAAGGGAAAAUGACAUGCGUUUUAAACCACAUUGCUCAUGUCCUUCAGACUUGAUUUAGACCGGGGGCAGCCCGGUCUAGCCCCCCCCCCACGGGCUCCGCUCUCUGUAAGCCGCAGGUCAAUAACUUUCGACAGCCUGAUAAACCAUUAUUGGCUUACGUGCUGAAUGGUCCAUGAAUGAGUUACUAAAAACAGAGGCAUUGAACCAAUCCCCGCCACACAACCGCAGUGAUGGGCUAAGAAACAGGAAGAAAGGACAGCCUCUUAAAUGAUCCAGAAAUAUAGUGAGGACAUACUCUAGCGGUAAUGAGACUGUUUGCUGCAACCAAAGGCGAGGGAGGGGUUCCGGAUCUGUCGUGGACUGUCUAAUAAUAUAGCGUAUAUAUAAUUGUGCCAGAGUUGCAAUAUACAGAGUGUACAAAACAUUAGGAACAUCCUAGUAUUACGUUGCACCCCCUUUUGCCCUUAGAACAGUCUCAAUUUGUCGGGGC